CGUCUGAGAGUGCUUCAUGUACUUUGAUACAUUCAGGUGACGGUGGUGUACUCUGCAGGUGGUGCGGUCAAAAACAAAGCUGCGUCCAUUAAGCGAAAGCACUGGAAAGCGCAUCCUCCAUUAGUGAAAAGACCUUACGUCAAUUCUGAACUAUGGAGCGCUCAAAACAGUGUCACGACAGUGAAGCUGACAGUAAACCGACUACGAACGAAAGUUCUAUUAACGGACACUUGGUAAAAAAAGACAACCGGAUCUUGGUAGGCCUAUCUCAAGGGACGGGGACGGCCGGUGAGUCGAGUUCGCACACAGGGUCCUCAGUGGUAGAGGUCUGGAAGCAUGAGCGCACCCGAAGUAUGGAAGACAAUGAGAUGAACUUGCCUAGUCUUGCGGCUGCCUACACCACUAUUCUCCGGGGGCUCGGGGAGGACCCGCAAAGACAGGGACUUCUAAAAACUCCGUGGAGAGCCGCGACAGCCAUGCAGUUCUUCACCAAGGGCUACCAGGAGAAAAUCAAAGACGUGCUGAACGACGCAAUCUUUGACGAGGACCACGACGAGAUGGUGAUCGUAAAGGACAUUGACAUGUUCUCCAUGUGCGAGCACCACCUGGUGCCCAUCUUUGGAAGGGUCCAUAUAGGCUACCUCCCCAAUAAGAGGGUGCUGGGCCUCAGCAAGCUGGCCAGGAUUGUUGAAAUCUACAGCCGUCGACUGCAAGUUCAAGAGCGGUUGACCAAACAAAUCGCCGUGGCGAUCACUGAAGCUCUGCAGCCUGCCGGGGUGGGCGUCGUCAUUGAGGCAACUCACAUGUGCAUGGUGAUGAGGGGGGUGCAGAAGAUGAACAGCAAGACUGUGACCAGCACCAUGCUGGGGGUGUUCCGGGAGGACCCCAAGACACGGGAUGAGUUCCUCACCCUCAUCAGGAGCUGAGAGGGACGAGCGGCCCACAAACCUGCUGCACAGCCCAACUCGGAUCCACUCUCCCUGUCACCUGGUUGGAGCAGCAGCCGGCACACAGCAAUUUCUGUACAAAGCCUAGAGUCCGGGCUUGGUGGGUGUGUGUGCGUUAUGUGUGUGCGUUUUAUUCCAUCCCUCCACCCCCUUCCAAAUCAUCACAUGGUCACAUGACCUAGCCGUGUAUGUACAUGACAGUCUUACUUAAUGCUGUCUGCCAGGUGGCAGGCUUAACCUAAAAAAAUACUGGCUCAAUGAUUAGUGUUUUAUGGUUGCUUAAUUUUGUCCUUUAUUUUUUUAUUCAGUUUUAAUCAGAUUGAACUACCAAUUACAGUAGAGAUACACCUACAUAGAAACAUCCUAAUAUUCGAAACAAUUUAUCAAUCUUGUUUUUUACUUUUAUCCUGAUAUAUUUUUACAAUAUAUUUUUAUCCAUGUAAGCUAGGACCAUAGGUUUAAUUCAAAAACUGACAUAUUUGUAAAGCUGAAGCAUUAUAGAUUCCGCGAUAUAAAUUAAGGUAAUUUUGCGUUUGAGCCGACAUACACUGAGUGUAAAAAAACAACUUAAAGAACUGCUUUUUCCAUGACAGACUGACCCGGUGAAUCCAGUUAAGAUAUGAUCCCUUAUCGAUGUCACUUGUUAAAUCUACUUCAAUCAGUGUAGGUGAAGGGGAGAAGACCGGUUAAAUAAUUAUUUUUAAGCCUUGAGACAAUUGUGAAUGUGUGUCAUUCAGACAGUGAAUGGGCAAGACAAGAUUUAAGUGCCUUUGAACAGGGUAUGGCAGUAGGUGCCAGGCACACCGGUUUUGUUGUGUCAAGAACGGAAACGCUGCUCGGCUUUUCACGCUCGACAGUUCCAAGAAUGGUCCACCACCCAAAGGACAUCCGGACAACUUGACACAACUGUGGGAAGCAUUGGCGUCAACAUGGGCCAGCAUCCCUGUGGAACGCUUUCGACACCUUGUAGAGUCCACGCCCUGACGAAUUAAGGCUGUUCUGAGGGAGGGGGGGUGCACUCAACUCAACCUGCGUGUGCUCACUACUCAUUGAUAGUCUGUAUUGUCAUUGUUUUUAAAAACCUGCCCUGGGACUGCGGUUGUAAAUGAGCCGGUUGGCUAGAACCGGCACUUUUAUAGAAACGUUGAUUAAUGUGCACUGUCCCUGUAAAAAUUCAAAAUCAAACUCAAUAGGAAGGUGUUCUUAAUGUUUUUUUACACUCAUUGUAUUCAGCGUUUACCGUGAAUGCCAUCUCCGCUAAAGCAGGAACAUUGCCUUUAAAUUUCAAUUCACGGAUUACUAUAAUCGUAUGUAUUUAACCUUGCCUUGAGCCAAACCUAUUCAAGUGUGGUAAGUGCCCUUUUCGCAUGGCAUCAUAUUCCCGCUCAAGCCAAAUGCUUCAAACCCAUUCAUCAAACAAUUAACACUUAGGUCUAUCUAUCAGAAGGAUCAGUCCCCGUCUACUGUACUUGUCAUUAACUAAUACACAAAGGGGGAGCAACAUACACUCAUACAAAUUUGGUAGCUACUGCUCCAGUUAAUUGUAUACUGCACCCUUCAACUUCAGGAAUCCAACAAUGAUGGGUUACUGAACAUGUUAACUGGAGUUCAAAUGAUGUGAUGUAAUGUUGCUGUUAGUUUUGAUUGUUGUAUUUGUCUGUGACCAAAGUUUCCAAAAGGUGCAGUUACAAUGACUAGAUGGUAACUGGAUAGUGCAAUGAAGGAGGAUUUAGAUGGCACUAAACGGUGUCCAUAAUAGGACAAGGCGGUCAGGAGUUGUUGUCAGAGGCUGGCCUAAUAUGGACAUUGUACAUACACUGUACAUUAUUCGUCACGCUAUUGUAGGUAUCACAAUAGUGAAAAAGGUACAGAUUGACAAAUGUGGCUUUCUCUGUAUCCCCCAAGUGUGCAUUUCAGAAUUCAGUUAGGGUCUCUAUUGGGCACCACUAGCUUCGUAUAUGUAAGUCGUGUAGGUCUGUGUGCAUUUUUAAUUUUUGUGUGUAAUCUACAAGUGUAUUUUCUAAAAUUGUUGUGGGCCAGCCCAGUAUAUAUUCCGCUGACCUCUAUCUUGAGCAGCCUUACUUUUUUUUGGAGGAGAAUGGAGAAUUCACUUCCAACCGAUGAAUUCGAAGAGACUAGAGGUAGGAGUCUCACCUCUUGGUAAAGGAGCACAUCAACUCUGUUAACCUUCUAUUGUCAACUCUGAAUAUAUCUAUGUAUGUCAGUGUAUAAAUGUUUCAGAUUUCUUUUAAACUUUUUAAAUGUCAAAAUAUGCUGCACUUGAGUACAGUACAAUCCUCUUUGCAAUGUCACGUAUACUGUAUGUUUAAUAUUUAACAUGUUAUGUAGGCUCUUCUCUCUUCCGCCGGGAUAUUAAAAUAUAGUAACAUUUGAAAAAUGUUCAGUAGCUAGGUAUCCAUCCAAUUGGCGAAAGAUUUUUAUGUGAAUAUUCAAAAAUCACAGCAGAGAUGUUUCCAAGGAAUUGACUUGUAGAUAAAAAGCUGUGUGUGAUGACCAUGCACAUGAAAAUAACUUUGGCGUUUAAAUUCCCAUGUACCAUUGCAUUUGUAACUCUACGGAUGGUUUUGUCACAAACUUGCGUUAAUAACAAAUGUGCGCUAUCUGGUUUUGGCGCAUGCUCCAGUGAAUCCAAUUCAGCAAUUUUGUUGCUUGAUUUAGCAACUUUUCAGACUACCCUGGCAACUUUUUUUUCAAACAGCACCUAGCAACACAUUUAGCUACUUUGAAAAAUGUAUUUGGAACUUUUAGCAACUUUUGAAAAGUGACUCAAACGCUAAAAUGCACGCAUUUUCCCUCUAAAUGACACAAAAACGAUUUUCUCUGUCACACACUUAGUCACAACACACACGACUGGCUGCAAAAGUGCGUUGUGAGUGACGUCAGCAGCAGACGCUCAGCUCGUGCACAGGCAGCAGCAAUUUCAGCAAAUUGCAAAUCAUUGUUGGCUGACUGCAGCAGUAGUACGGGUUCGACGAGCCAACCCCAAUUAAUAUAGUUGGUCACGAAUGUUUGAUCUUGAACAGAACUUACAACAUCAAUCAACAUGUCUCAAUCAAAAUUAUACAGAAAAUAGUGGGAGUCUGUAACUGAACAAAUGUCAAAUCAUAUUUUUUCCGAGAUGGCCAGGCAAUUUGAGUAACGUUAUUGUGUAUUCUACGUAUUGACGCAGUUUUACGUUAUCACGCAAUGACAUCACGUCAUUUAGCAUCAAAUCAACCUGCCUCUAGCAAUUUACCCUGUAAAUGAGUUGGCAACACUAGCAUGCUCUCCAGUCUAGAACAGUUCGCUGACAACGUGGACAGGGUAGGUUAUAUGAUGCAAUAUGGAUAAGAGCAAUAGCAUUUUUAUUUGUUAAUUGGCAGACAAGUUUUGUUCAUGUAGCCAGUAUUCAAAUAAAACUAUUGAUGGGCAUGUGCAUGAAGCUCAUCACCGUCCAUCACUUAACCGUCAUGACAGUUCAUCAAAAUGAUUUAAUCUGCCUAUAAACGCAAAUGUUUUUCCAUGUCGUAGUACAACAGAUGUCAUCGCAUGACUCAAGUUUACUUCGAUAUGGUUUAUUAAAAUCAAUAUUAGCACAUAAGCUUUCCACCGCAUUUGUCGCAUAAUUAUUUUUUACCGACAAAUUAUCCCACCAUGAACAAAUUUUCGACAUUUCUACCGAUACUUUAAAUCACACCUGUUGUGAUUUAUUUUCAUACAGUAUGACUUUACUCUCAAACUGUGAAUGGAAACGUUGCGAUAAAUAGGAAUAGUAGCAAGCGGUAUAGUUGUACAUUUAUUCGAAAUAUAUAAUACUCUGAAAUGGGUAGGUUUUAACCAAUCUGAUUUGGCCAUUGGGGUUGUAUAUGUCAGGGGUGGGAGAAGGUGCGUGCUAUAUAGUCAGACAGCUCCUACAUUGUCUCUGUGGCCUUUUUUAGGAGGACCUGUUCUUUGGGCUCCUUCACCACUGUCAUUUAGGUUACACUUCUUACUGUGGUCAUUUGAAAGUUUUAAAUAAAGAAAAUUAAAUGUGUAUGUAAGAACUAUGAA